AUGAAUAUUCAGAAAAAUCCAAUAUUUGAAAAAUUUAGAAACAAUGAACUUUCAUUUGCUCACCAACUAACCACACUUUUUAAGGAUAUAGUGGCUAAUGGAGAGUAUGCUUGGGCACAAACAAGUGGCAUAUUACCACCUAAUGUAUACUCCGAUAAUGAAGCCGAUAAUGAUGUGUAUCUCCCAAGCCUAAAGAACCUUGGAUUAGAUAUGGAAGAAGGCUCAAGUGAUAGUGAAGAUGCAAGUGUUGAGGCAACAAGUGAAUUUGCAAAAGUUAACUUGAAUAUUUCACAUAGAGCUAUUAGACAAACUAGUAGACAAAAGAGAGAAAAAAAACAAUUGUUCCUGAAAAGAAAGACCAAGAAAAAAGCAGCUCCUUUAUUAGCAAUAGGGGAGACUGGUAAACAAAUUGAUCUCUUAUUUCAAUUUAUAUGA